UGUAAGAUAAUGAAACGAUACAACAAGAUGAAGUCCUUUAACUUUGAAAAUAUCUGCAGUAUUUGCUUAGAACAAUAUGUCUUCGAUAAAAGAUUACAAUAGUAAAAAAUCUGUGUAACUGCAUGACAAAUAAAAAGAUUUUGUUUGAUGUUAACCCAAGAUUGUGGCUGUCGCCGCUUAGUCAAACAGAGAGACGACAAGCCGAGGAUCCUUGCCAAAAUGCUAAUAUCCUUAUGUGCCAUAAGUCCCAAAUUAAUGGUCUUUGAGCCGGCGGCGCGACGGCCACUGCCCACUUUACGUGACAUUUGUGGUAGCCUAAGCCGGGCCAACUCGAAGGCUGAGGACUCAAAGGGCUUAGGCCGCAACUGCCGACUCAUAAAAAGGAUAAACGCUCGGCAUGAGUCAGCAGCCAGUCGGUGUGCUGGACGGCCCACCGAAACGACGGAUGCUUCCGCGAAAUGCGACACCGGAGGCAGGUCCACUCACAAAGGCCACUGGGAUGCGACAAAAAGUAAUAAUGAGAUACUGCGCCGAGGUGUUGCAGAAUUUCUCGAUCUUUCACAUAUUUUUAAACCCAAAUUUGCUCGGUGUCCAAGUCAGCUGGUGAGGCCGGGAGCAGCAGGCGAGGAUUACAAGCGACGUAAAAAACUCACAACUAAAAGGGGCACUUCCGGCGCACAACGAAAUAUUCGACUGGAGGACGGCUGCUUGCCACGAGCGGGGGAUGCAACCCUUUGGCACGGGCCCGGAAUCAAGGAUUCCAUUCCGGAGACGGGAAGAUGUUCGCCGUCUGUAAGAUGAUCGCCACACCCUUUUGGCAC